UGAAAUUGUUCAAGAAUUGCUGGACGGAAAAGUGAAGCUAGAUUACAAAAUUCUUGAAUUCUCAUACAAAUCAAACGUUGCGGAUUUAUUGUUUGAUUAUGCAGUGAAAACUGAUCGGCAAUUUGCAUUUGAAUUUCUAAAGAGAGAAAAUGAACGUAAUAAUGACUAUGUAUUUGAAGUGAAAAUGGCAUACUUCAAUCGUUCUGAAUUGAACGAAUUUUAUCAAUUGGCCUGCAAAAGCCGCUCAAAGAAAAUAGCACGGUGGAUUAUAUCAAAUGCUGAACCAUUCAGUACCCUCGAAAAUGCGCUUCACUUAGCUGUGAAAAUGGGCGAUGAGGAAUGUGUUCGUGAGAUUAUCAAGAAAAACCCUGAAAUGAAUCUUAAAGAUGGCGAAGGAAAAACACCUCUACAUUAUGCGGUGAACUCGAUUCAUUUGACCAAAAUUUUGAUGGACAAUAAGGCUGAUCCUUACGCCCUCGAUGAUUCCGGCCAAACUCCUCUACAUUUGGCAGUUUUAGAAGGGUACAUUCAUUCAGUUAAACUUUUGUUUGACUACGGAGUAAAUCCCUCAAUUGAAAAUUCAGAUGGCAAAACAGCAUUACAUUUGGCUGUGCAAAAAUGCAAUGGUGAGGUAGUGAAACUUAUUUUGCAAAAUUCCGCAGAAUACACUGAUUUGGUCAAUAAAAAAGACAAAAACGGAAACACUGCGCUUAUUGUAGCUUCUCAAAUCGAUUAUCAAAGAACAAAUUGCAUCCAUAGUUUUUCCAGUGUUUCUAGCUUGGACUGGGCAGUGAUUCACAAGGAACUAGAAUCUUUAGAAAUUUUAUUGAAUCAUGGAAAGGACCGCAAUGACAGUCCAAUAGAUAGGCAUCGGGCCGGGGAAUCGAAAGCUUAUUAUUUUUUAAGGCAAAUUUGGAAAAGAGCUGCCGAAGUCACGGAACAUAUCAUCCAGAAACAUAUGUCCGGCGACAAAACGCUUUUCGAAGCCUGUAAAAAAGAUCAACAGAGAGAUCGAUGCCUACAAAUUUUGCUUGAAAACGGAGCUGAUCCGUAUAUAUGUGAUAAAACAGGUCGAACGGCUUUGCACUGGGCCGUGGAUAACAAAAAACUGAAAUGUGUGGAAAUUUUGUUGAAGUGUGGAAUAAAUCCCAACAAAGCUUAUGCUGAGGAUCAAAAAGACAAAAGUUUUGGAAAUUGCAUAACAGAACUUUGUGAAGUCUGCAAGGAAAAGGAAGAAACAGAUUGUCCUCUGAAAAAAAUGUUUAUUGACCAAAGAGUUAAUCUUAAUGAACGCGAUAAUCUAGAACAAACCGCUUUACACUUUGCGGUGAAGCAAGGAAAUCUAGCGUGUGUUAGAAUUCUUUUGAAGUACCAAAUUGAUCCACUUUUAAAAAAUAAGUAUGGACAAACUGCUUUACAUUUGGCCGUAGAAAAUAAUAAUCCAUCAUUGGUGAAAGUUCUUUUGCAACACACUCGUAAACGCUUUCGAGAUUUUAUCAACCUAAAGGAUAACAACGGCAAUACUGCGCUUCACCAAACAUGUAUCGGAACUGAUGAGGCGAUUGAAGCCGGUGUCCGGAGUCCGGGAGUUCAUCAUCAGCGCAAACUCAACUGCAUGCUGGCUGCAGCAUGCAACAUCCCGACAUCAGCCCAUCUCGACCCAUAG